AUGAAACUAUCGUCGUGCCUUUCGUCUCUGCUAAAACCCUACUUGAGCAAGCAUCGCACAACGACAACAAUGGCGACGACUGCUAAAUCCCUUGACAGUAUGAAAAACGUGGAAGAGUCCGAUGUGGGUAUCUCCUGUUUCAUCUCCCAGCUCCCGGGCUUCCGCGGUAUUCUCAAACAAAGAUACUCGGACUUUAUUGUUAAUGAAGCGGAUAUGGAUGGAAAUGUUGUCCACCUGACAUCCUUAGAUGUCCCUCCUGAGAUGGAUGUGAAGGAGGAGAAAGAAAUAAAAUCCUCAGAUAACUUGAACAAGAGUUAUGCUUCUGAAUUUGAGUCGUUCAGAUCAAUUGCUAGUGCUUCGGAUGCACAGCGGUUAGAAGCCUUGAUCGAUCAAAUCACUUCAGGAAGUGAUGGUGAAAUAUCACCAAUUGUUCUUGAUCCAAGCUCUGACAAAUCCAAGAGAACGGCUAUCCAUAACUUUUUUAAGGAGCACUUCAAGUUCUUGGUCACUGACACCGUCGAUGGUCCUGAUUUUACCUCAAAAUGCAUCCGUGUGAGAGUAAAUUCGGGUGGAAUUAACAACAGAGGCAAAGGCUCUAAGAAACGGAAGGAAAGAGGUGAUAAGCCUUUCGAUAGCAGAGGCUCAGAGCAUUGGCCAGAGCAUCUAGGCAAGUUUCUCAGGUUCCAUCUUUACAAGGAGAACAAAGAUACACAGGAGGCCUUGGGAUUGAUCGGAAAGAUGCUUGGUGUUCAGCCAAAGUCCUUCGGAUUUUCUGGCACAAAAGAUAAGCGGUCAGUUUCAACUCAGCGUGUCACUGUGUUUAAACAACAUGCCAGCAAAUUGGCAGCACUUAAUAAGAGAUUGUUUGGUAUAAAAGUUGGCGACUUCUGCUAUGUUAAGGAAGGACUUCUCCUCGGACAGCUUAUGGGAAACAGAUUUACAAUCACAUUAAGAGGAGUAGUUGCAGAUUCCGAAGAAACUAUCAAAAACUCUGCAGAAUACUUGGGGAAACAUGGCUUCAUUAACUACUUUGGUUUGCAACGUUUUGGAAGUGGUUCAGUACCGACUCACCAAGUUGGAGCCGCAUUAAUGAGAGGAGAGUGGAAAAAUGCUGUAGACAUGAUUCUUGAUCCAAGAGAAAGUGAGAAGAACUUGAUAACUGAGGUUCGGGCAUAUUACAAAGAGACUGGUGACAUUGACGGGACUCUAAAGCAGCUACCGCGUCAUCUGGUCGCUGAAAGAGCCAUACUGCAGUGUCUGAAAAAAUGUCCUGGGAACUACUUGCAAGCACUGAAAGCAAUACCCAGGACUUUGAGAAUGAUGUAUGUACAUAGUUACCAAAGCUAUUUGUGGAAUCAUGCAGCUAGUAUGCGUGUGCAAAAAUAUGGAACAAACCAAGUUGUGUUGGGAGACUUGGUAUAUUCCAAGUUAGAUGAUACAAAAAGUAGGGUUAGUUUGAGUUCUGAGCACGAAGAAAACAACGAGGCAAUAGAGUGUGGACAAUUAGAUGAAACUUCUGUUGUAGAUCUUCCUGGGGAAAGGAGUGAUCUCGUCAAGGUCAUAACUGCGGAGGACAUAGAGUCAGGAACUUACUCUACCAGUGAUAUCAUCCUCCCGCUGCCUGGUUCAAGAGUCAUUUACCCAUCCAAUGACGUUGCUGACAUUUAUCACGAUUUGGCAAAGAAGAAUGGUAUCGACUUGACUGAGAGCUCUCACGGUGUCAAGGAAUUCUCCAUAACUAGCAUGACCGGUGGUUACAGGCGAAUUCUGCAGAAGCCAAUUGACUUCGAAUGGGAAUUGCUGACUUACACUGACAGCAACACGCCUUUGGCAGAGACGGAUCUUGACAGGAUAAAUAAGACGAGGCCUUUGAAUGAUGUUUUUCAAGAAGAUGGAUCUGUAAAAGAAACUGAAAAUGAGUCCCUUAAAGCCGAUACCAAACCACAUGAAUCUUCCGAGAAUGAUAUGAAAGUUCAAACAGAAUUUGGCAAGGGAGAAGAAGAUGGUCCGGAGGAUUGUGGAAACCCGAGUUCUCAGCAGAUGCAGGUGGCUCUCAAAAUGGCUUUUACUCUUCCGUCUUCUUGUUAUGCCACAAUGGCAAUCAGAGAGCUGUUAAAGACAUCAACUUCUGUUGCGUAUCACAAGACACUGAACCAGUAAACAGCAUUUUUGUUAGCCUGGCCAAGCUUCAUCCUUCACCGAGGAAGAAUAAGAGAUGUUCUCUAAUGGAAGAGGAUGGUUCGAUUCGGUCUCUGUGGCAAAAUCAUCAAGUGGCUUCUUGAAUGGAAGAGCUGGCUCUGAUUUCCAACACCAGCACUGUAACAUUUUUUUUGGCUGUUGGACCAAAAAUUUUGAAUGCGUAGUUGCAUACAUCUAUAUGUUCUUGAACUGUGUAGUUCAGAAAUUUUUCUGUUGAAUGAAAAGAUACACAAAAGAGAAAGACAAGCUA